ACAACCGCGUUUGGUUGCAAGAGCAGUCAUGUCGGAGCAGGAGUCUCUAAAGAGCUCCAGCGCGAGGAACCGUGGAGGAGUGCAGCGGGUGGAGGGCAAGCUGAGAGCAAGUGUGGAGAGAGGGGAUUAUUAUGAGGCCCAUCAGAUGUACCGCACGUUAUUCUUCAGGUAUAUGUCACAAGCGAAGCACGCAGAAGCCAGAGAGUUGAUGUACAAUGGAGCACUACUCUUCUUUAGUUAUAAUCAGCAAAACAGUGCUGCAGAUCUGUCCAUGCUGGUACUAGAGUCACUGGAGAAAUCUGAGGAGAAAGUAGAUGAUGACACAUUAGAACAUUUGGCUAAACUUUACAGCUUGAUGGACCCAAACUCCCCCGAGCGAGUGGCAUUUGUCUCCAGAGCCAUCAAGUGGUCCUCGGGGGGCUCUGGAAAGCUGGGCCACCCCAAACUACACCAGCUACUGGCACUCACAUUAUGGAAAGAGCAAAACUACAGUGAAUCACGCUAUCAUUUCCUGCGCUCGUCGGACGGAGAGGGCUGCGCGCAGAUGCUGGUGGAAUAUUCGUCGGUGCGAGGAUUUCACGGGGAGGUGGACAUGUUUGUAACACAGGCUGUUUUACAGUUCCUCUGUCUAAAGAACAAAUCGAGCGCGUCAGUGGUGUUCGCCACAUACACACAGAAGCAUCCGUCUUUAGAGAAGAGUCCUCCGUUUGUUCAGCCUCUGCUUAACUUCCUCUGGUUCCUGCUGCUGGCUGUGGACGGUGGGAAGUUAACAGUCUUCACGGUGUUAUGUGAACAGUAUCAGCCUUCACUCAAGAGAGAUCCCAUGUACAACGAGUAUCUGGACAGAAUAGGGCAGCUGUUUUUUGGAGUGCCACCAAAACAGUCAUCAUCAUAUGGCGGUUUGCUAGGAAACCUAUUGAAUAGUCUCAUGGGCUCAGGAGAGGAAGAGGACGGUGAAGAAGCUCUGGAGGACAGCAGCCCCAUUGAGCUGGACUAAAACAUCGGUGACCAGAGACACGCUGGUCCCCACAUCACAGAUCAGCCCCGUACAAACAAGUUCUACUGAACUGAACAAUGACCAAUCACAUAUCCGUUCGGGCGAUCUUUUUCAACUCCUUCCUGUUAUUGUUGAACUUUGUUCUAUGAAUAUUUUUUAAAGAAUGAAGCUGCAACAAUAUGGAACUUUCUGGAGUUUUACUGAACAAAAUUGAUAAAAGGAAGAUGCACUUCAGAUUCAGUCAUUGUGACGUCCGCUAUUUGUAGUUCCACAGAGCUGUUGGUGUCAGGGACCUUUGAUUUAUGGGAGGGGCCACGCUCCUGCGUUCCUGUCCCGCCGCGGAGGGUGGAGCUUACUCAUUGUAUUAAUGAAAGUAAUUCAUUUACUCUUUAACUUAUAAUCCAUUCUAGUGUACUUUGAUCAGUUUUACAGGAUGAUAGCUCACUUCGCAGCGUGACUUGGUUUUGUGUGUCUGUGCACGGCUGGGUCAUACCGGGUAUGUUACGGCAUCCAAAAUCUUCACCACUUCUUCUGUUACAUUGUGUGCGUGGGGAUGAGAAAAGCACAGAUCUUAAACGCGUGUGUGAACUGUAGAUGAAUGCAUGGUUAGUGACGAUCAAGUGUGAUCAAUGUAUCGGUCACCAGCGGGCCGCUUCAGUCUCUCUUGAGGUGCGAUUGAGCUUAAUAAAAGAAUGAAAUGGAUGUUA